AUGACCAGGAGACUUGUACGCACGGGCAUCCAGCUCGGCCUGAUAGUCACCAUCGUCUUGUUCCUUGUCGUGUUCCUCGAUAACAGAUACCGAGUCCUCCCUAAUGCCAUCCACAGCCACCUGCCUGCGCACCAUCCAGGUUUUGUGGUCACCGAUCUGACAGUCGUCACCUGCUCAUCGUUAAACCCCUUUAGCCGAUGUACGGUCGAUGGAGAUGAUUGGCACCGAGUCGAAAAGGACUUGUACCUCGGGAAGGGUUUCCUGUCAAAAGCCUACCUCUAUGUCCAAAGGCAGCGCGAAGAUGAUCUGAACACCCAUGCCGAAGUGGUCAUGGACGUCAAGAUUGGUCGUUUGCAGCCGUCGGUGGUCGACCCGACCUCGAAGGAUGAAAGAUGGGAGUCGCGUCCCGCGGGGAUAUGGAUCAAGUUGUCCUCGAAACGGUCUGAUAAAAUGGUGACGGGAGUCGACGUCCUCUUCGGCGCCGAUGCCGUGGAUCCUCGCUCGAACUGGGAAAUUCAGGACAUCUCCUUAUUCAUCGAUGCAGACCGCGAGUCCGCCGAACCUCGUCUCACGGUCCGCAAAGGCCCCGCUAUGAAAGUCGAGAGACCGGUGCCUCGAAUACGAAAAGACGGCAAAUUCAAGAUCAUGCAAGCGGCAGACCUCCAUCUCGCGACCGGCUUGGGGAUAUGUCGCCACGCACUCCCCGAAGGACAGGAAUGCGAGGCCGAUCCGCGAACGCUCGACUUCCUCGCCCGCAUGAUCGAAGACGAGAAACCGGACUUUGUGGUCCUCACGGGCGACCAAGUCAACGGGGACACCGCGCCGGACGCUCAAACCGCCAUCUUCAAAUACUCUGAAAUGUUUGCGCGACACAAGAUACCCUACGCAGGGAUAUUCGGUAACCACGACGACGAGGGGAACCUCAACCGCGCCGAAUCCAUGGCCAUCAUGGACGGCCUGCCCUAUUCCCUCUCCACCGCUGGUCCCGAGGACGUGGACGGCGUGGGCAACUACGUGGUGGAAAUCUUGGGCAGGGGAUCCACCUCGCAUUCGGCGCUGACCUUGUACAUGCUCGACACGCACUCUUAUUCACCGGAUGAACAGCACUACCACGGCUACGAUUGGCUCAAACAGUCCCAGAUCGACUGGUUCAAGAGCACGUCUCAGUCCCUGAAGAGGAAACACAAGGAAUACACGCACAUACACAUGGACCUGGCGUUCAUCCACAUUCCCUUACCAGAGUAUCGCAAUCCGGACAAUUUGGCCUGGGUGGGCAACUGGACGGAACCACCUACCGCACCCGCAUACAAUUCCAACUUCAAAGACGCCCUCGUUGAAGAGCACAUUCUCUUGGUGAGCUGUGGCCACGACCACGUCAACGAUUACUGCCUGCCCGCAAACAACAAAGAAAAGAAAGCCGCGCUGUGGAUGUGUUAUGGCGGAGGGGCCGGGUUUGGUGGGUAUGGCGGGUAUUACGGAUAUCACAGACGAGUGAGAUUCUUUGAAAUGGACAUGAAUGAGGCGCGCAUAACGACGUGGAAGAGGCUGGAGUGGGCAGCCGAUGAAGAGACACUCAAGAAAAGGAUUGAUGAGCAGAUUGUCGUGGAUGGUGGGAAGGUCGUUACCGGCAUGUGA